UCUUACGUUCAGUAUAAAUUGGUGGUCAGUAGAAUUUUGGGGGAUAUUGCGGGUGUCUGAAGAAAAGUGUUGUACUUGGAUAUUACAGAUGUUCUUUAAAAUGUUGAGGAUAUUUCUCACCCUCGCUCUACUGGCAUCUGUACAAUGUGGCCUGUGGAAUCAUCCUUUUAAUUCUGAAUACUACGAGGGGGAAUCUGAAUCUGAUUCCAGCGAAUCAUCAAGCGAAUCCUCCAGCGAAUCCUCCAGUGACACCUCUGGCUGUGAUGACAGUGAGCCACCUUGCCCAUCGCUCGACGUCGGCCAGUGUUGUGACGAAUGUCCACACUGUACAGAUGUACAUGCCAAAUGUGCCGCAUACGGAAAAAGCAAAAUAUGUAUCUGCAAAGACGGCUUCAUAUACGAUUAUCGAUCCGAGUGUUGUAUACCUGAUGGAUCCCUUACGCCGGAUUGUCCGACGACAGAUGUUCCUCCUCCGGAUACGACGACUCAGCCGCCGACGCCACCUACGCCACCAGCCUAUUGUGGUGAAUGUGAGGUCAUAAGCAACGUAGACCAAACUUGCAUAAGUGAUGGUCACGGGGAGCCAUGCCAAGCCGAUCCCGACAGCUGCUGUGGAGAUGAUUUAGAAUGUGAUGGGACAUGCCAGUGUAAAAAUCGACAACUUGAGUACGACCAUUAUGUGUCUGCUUGCUGCGGAGAUGAGCUAGGAGAUCAUUGCUGCUACCCAGGCACUCCAACUGAUGAAUGUAUGGAUAGAGACAACAACACCGAGUGCGACGAGGAUAACCACGUAUGUGUUUGUAAGGAAGACCGGACACAGAUGGGUGACGUUUGCUGCGCUGUUUGUCCAGUGGAAAAAAAAAUGCUGUAAAACUGGGGACGACUGCGGAGACAUAGAACUGGGGGAGUGCUACUGUAAAUACGGCACAAAACCUGACGGUGUCACGUGUUGCCCCGUAAAAUGCCCGGGUUUUCAAGUAUGUGACGAACAUGGAGAUUGUGUUGUGCCACUAGGCGGGCCAUGUGGUCGGUCUGCCAACGACUGUAUUAGAUCAGAAGGAAUAAAGUGCGAGAACGUCGUUUGCUGUCAUAAAUAUGGUUGGCCAGCUUGUAAUGAGAAGUUCUGUGUGUGUGAGACUGCAAAGGGAUAUAGAUAUGAUGAUGACUCGGAGAGUUGCAUACAAACUGGUGAAAGUCAUUCAGACCUAAAAAAGGAUUGCCUUAGCUCAAUUGGGAAAAUGGAAAAUUUACGAAAUUUGGGAUAAGCGAUAACCUAAUGUUAUCUCUAGUUACUGUAUGCCAGACAAAAGCCGUAAUCCUUAAUUUGUCCUCUUAUAAACGACCGUGCACUCAGUUAAAUGCAUUUUUAUUGUCACCAAAUGCUUCGGAAAUUGUACUUUCAAUAUCAAAUAAACCAUAAGUUCAUCUGUCAUUUGGUCUGUUUAAAAAAAUGUAUCACUUCAAAAAAACAUCCGAAUAAUCGAUGUUGCGAUUCGCACGUUGAUAAGUCAGAGUCUCAUUCCGAUACUCUGUGUACAUUGAAGUCCAACGGAAUUGAACUUUGUGUAUUUCGAGAUCAUAUGGAAUUAAUAUCUGUGUACAGUGAGGUCCAAUUGGACUGAACUCUGUGUACAUUGAAGUCCAACUGGAUUGAACUCUGUGUACAUUGAGAUCCCAUGGAAUUGAUCUCUGUGUACAGUGAGGUUCAAUUGGACUGAACUCUGUGUACAUUGAAGUCCAACGGAAUUGAUCUCUGUGUACAUUGAGAUCUUAUGGAAUUGAACUAUGUGUACAAUGAGGUCGAAUUGGACUGAACUCUGUGUACAUCGAGAUCCUAUUGAAUUGAUAUCUGUGUACAGUGAGGUCAAAUUGGACUGAACUCUGUGAACAUUGAAGUCCAACGGAAUUGAUCUCUGUGUACAUCGAGAUCAUAGGGAAUUGAUUUCUGUGUACAGUUAGGUCAUUAUGUUUUAAGAAUUGAUCGUGUGUGUGUGUAUGUGUGUGUGUGUGCGUGUGUGUAUGCGUGUGUGCGUGCGUGCGUGCGUGUGUGUGUGUGCUUUCUUUAGAAAAGGGUGAUGGUCUGAAACGUGAUCUCUCUCAGUACAUGAUUGUGGAUGAACACUUUUCCAUUGACCGUAACUAUGCACUGUCUACAUAUGAGGCUUGGAAUAUAAACAAUUUAUAGUGCAUACUUACAGUGUUCUCUCGUCUAUCAAAAUGACUGUACGAGUUUGAGCAGCUUUUCUUUUGAUAUUUCGGUGCCGGUUUAAUAAUUGAGAAUGUUUAUAAAGGUGGUUUUGCAAUCGUAACAACUCGGCCAUCUCCGGAAAGCUUUAUAGUUAUUGAAUUAUGGUCAAGGUGUUCCAAUCGGUAGAUUGUUGAAAACUGUAUGAACGUAAUUAGAUAAUUAGAUAACUAGUAGCUCUCAUUAGAACAAUGACUAUCUGUGAUAAAUAAUAAUGUUAACAUUAAAAUCACAAUACGUUUAUAUCACGAAUAAUAAUAUUUACAUUAUUAAAGCUGCACUCGCACAGAUUGAACGUUUUGACAACUUUUUUUUGUCUUGGAACGAGCCAAUUUAUGCGAAAAUGCAUGUAAACCAAUUAUAUAAGACUGCUGACCAAAACGCAGAUCGCAGAUCUUUAUAUUUAAGUUCAAAAAAUGAUGUUUUAUGCAUUUUUCUUAAACCGUUAGUAACGGUUUAAGCCAUAAAACAUUAACUUUCGAACGGAAAUAUGAAAAACUGCGGUCUGAUCUUUUGUCAGCCAUCUUUUACCAUUGGUUUUCAGAUAUGUACCCAAAUAUUUGCUCUUUCCAAGACAAAAAAUAAAGUUGUAAAAACGGUAUAUCUGUGACAGUGCAGCUUUAAUAUUAAUGCAUAACUAUCAUAAUGAUGUUACCUUCAAUAUCACAAUGCAUAUCUAUGAUAUUAAUGAUGUUACCUUCAAUAUCAGAAUGCAUAUCUAUGAUAUUUAUUGAUGUUACCUUCAAUAUCAGAAUGCAUAUCUAUGGACAUAAUGAUGUUACCUUCAAUAUCACAACGCAUAUCUAAGAUAUUUAUUGAUGUUACCUUCAAUAUCAGAAUGCAUAUCUAUGUUAUUUAUUGAUGUUACCUUCAAUAUCAGAAUGCAUAUCUAUGGAAAUAAUGGUGUAAACCACAUUAUAACAAUGCUAAUCUAUGAUAAAUUAGAAUGUUAACCUCAAUAUCACAAUGCAUAUAUAUGUCCAAUAAUGAUGUUAACGUCAAUAUUAAAAUUCAUUCCUAUGUCCAAUAAUGGAGUUAACGUCAAUAUUAAAAUGCAUAUCUAAGUCCAAUAAUAAUGUUAACGUCAAUAUUAAAAUGCAUAUCUAUGUCCAAUUAUGAUGGAAACCUCGCUAUUUCUAUUCAUAUCCAUGUCCAAUAAUGAUGGUAACCUCGAUAUUUCUAUUCAUAUCCAUGUCCAAUAAUGAUGGUAACCUCGAUAUUUCUAUUCAUAUUUAUGUCCAAUAAUGAUGGUUACCUCGAUAUAACUAAUCAUAUCUAUGUCCAAUAAUGAUGGUAACCUCGAUAUUUCAAUUCAUAUAUAUGUCCAAUAAUGAUGGUAACCUCGAUAUUUCUAUUCAUAUCUAUGUCCAAUAAUGAUGGUUAGCUCGAUAUAACUAUUCAUAUCAAUGUCCAAUAAUGGUGUUACCCUCAAUAGUGCUAUGCAUAUUUGUGAUGAAUAAUGACAUGUUACUGUGAGCGUAGUGAUCACUGGACUGUUAACAGUAUUGUUGUUAUCACGUAUAUGAUAUAUUUAACAAAAAUGUAUUUCUAGGUUUCGUUUCAUGAAUAUAAACUUAUACAUGUUAAACCACGUUGAACUACAGUCGGAACUCGUAAUGUCGAACUCUGUUAUCUCGAUGUUCUGAUAAGGUCGAACUCUUUUCGGUUUAGAUAUACACUCCUUGUAUAUCAGUUAAAUCGAGUGUUCGCUAUCGCGAAGUAUUUUCCGAGGUCCCAACGACUUCGACAUAGCGAGUUUUGACUGUACGUAUAGUGACAGUGUACAUUUGACGUGUCUAAAUUUACGUUUAGUUAUUUAAAAGAAUAAACAGAAGAUAUAGAUAAAA